UUACUGUUUUUAUUUUUGCAGUCUUGGGAAGCCAAACUGGCUUACAUUGGGUCAUUCGUGUUCUUUAGACGGAUUGUUGCGUGGCCUAAACGGUAUUUUUCAUCUAAAAGCCCGACCCCUGCUGUCCAUGCAACAACACCACAGAGCAAACACAAGAGGAGAAGACACAAGAAGCCACCCGUGGAUGAUAAUCUGUCCUGGGAGGAAAAGCUUGCCUCUGUGGUCACCCCAUUGUGGAAGCUAAAUUAUGACGAGCAGCUUGAAUUCAAGCAAAAACAGCAGGAGAAGAUACUGGCAGAACUUUCUGGUUAUCUUCAUUCCCAAACCACUUCCGGUGAGAUCACCUUCCCCGUCUUGCCUAUACUGCCAUCUCCAGUUAGGGACGGGUACCGCAACAAGUCAACCUUCUCUGUCAACAAUGGGGUGGAUGGAAAUCCAAAGACUGUUGGAUUUUAUGUAGGCAGAGGCAGGUAUGGAAACAUUGUCUGCGUCAAUGGAGACCGCCUAAUCAACAUGCCCGAAAAGCACAAACAGGUCGCCAGAUGUUACCAGGAGUUCAUCCGACGGUCUCCCUUGGAGCCGUGCCUCCUCUUCCACGCGGGGGGUCACUGGAGGGAGGUCACGGUGAGGACCAACGCGGCGGGCCACACCAUGGCUGUCGUCUACUUCCACCCGCAGGCGCUCAGGCCGGAGCAAGUCGCGGUCCACAAGGCCGAGUUGGCGGAGUUCUUCACGAGAGGCGAGGGUUCGGUGUGCCGGCUGGACUCGCUUUUCUUCCAAGAGAGUGCCAUGACCCGGUGCACGCACGAGGACUCGCCUUACCAGCUCCUGUACGGUCGGACGCACAUCCACGAAGAGGUGCUGGGCUUUCACUUCCGCAUCUCGCCAGACGCCUUCUUCCAGGUGAACCAGGCCGCCGCUCAUGUGCUCUACAGCACGGUAAGAGACCUAUGUGUCCCCGGUUCUGAGGACAGAGGAGGGACGCUCCUUGACGUGUGCUGCGGCACAGGCGCCAUGGGCAUCACGGCGUCCCCCAAAGUGGACCGACUGGUCGGCGUGGAGCUCAUAGAGCAGGCCGUGGAAGACGCCAGACACAACGCGGCCAUCAAUAAGCUCGACAAGUGUGAGUUCAUCCCCGGUAAGGCAGAAGUCGUCCUCCCCGGCCUCGUGUCCCGCUUGAGCUCUGUGGACGGGGGGCGUCUCACCGCCGUGGUGAACCCGUCCCGCGGCGGCCUGCAUUACAGAGUCAUCAGGGCCUUGCGAAACCAUUCUGCAAUCCGCCGUCUGGUCUACGUGUCCUGUAAACCAGACGGCGAGGCAAUGAGGAACUUCAGGGAGCUUUGUUGCGCGCCUGACCCAAAGAGGAAACUCACAGGGGAGGCUUUUGCCCCGAGUGUGGCGGUGCCUGUAGACAUGUUUCCACAUACAGAGCACUGUGAGCUGGUGAUUCUUUUUGAGAGGUAGCCAAUAGCAUUUUUUUUUGUCAUCAAAGGACCAUGCCUUAUAUUGGGAACAGACACGGACCUUCCCCAAACUGUUUUGGAGAGCAUAUACACUACCGUUCAAAAGUUUGGGGUCACCCAAACAAUUUUGUGGAAUAGCCUUCAUUUCUAAGAACAAGAAUAGACUGUCGAGUUUCAGAUGAAAGUUCUCUUUUUCUGGCCAUUUUGAGCAUUUUAAUUGACCCCACAAAUGUGAUGCUCCAGAAACUCAAUCUGCUCAAAGGAAGGUCAGUUUUGUAGCUUCUGUAACGAGCUAAACUGUUUUCAGAUGUGUGAACAUGAUUGCACAAGGGUUUUCUAAUCAUCAAUUAGCCUUCUGAGCCAAUGAGCAAACACAUUGUACCAUUAGAACACUGGAGUGAUAGUUUCUGGAAAUGGGCCUCUAUACGCCUAUGUAGAUAUUGCACCAAAAACCAGACAUUUGCAGCUAGAAUAGUCAUUUACCACAUUAGCAAUGUAUAGAGUGUAUUUCUUUCAAGUUAAGACUAGUUUAAAGUUGAUUUUGAUUGAUUGAGACUUUUAUUAGUAGGUUGCACAGUGAAGUACAUAUUCCGUACAAUUGACCACUAAAUGGUAACACCCGAAUAAGUUUUUCAACUUGUUUAAGUCGGGGUCCACUUAAAUUGAUUCAUGAUACAGAUAUAUACUAUCAUAUAUACUAUCAUCAUAAUACAGUCAUCACACAAGAUAAUCACAUUGAAUUAUUUACAUUAUUUACA